AUGCAGCACUACGGGGUCAACGGAUACUCACUCCACGCCAUGAACUCCCUCAGUGCCAUGUACAACCUGCACCAGCAGGCAGCGCAAGCCCAGCACAGCGCCGACUACAGGCCCAGUGUGCACGCGCUCACGCUGGCAGAGAGGCUCGCUGACAUCAUCCUCGAGGCCCGGUACGGAUCACAGCACCGCAAACAGCGCCGCAGUCGGACCGCCUUCACCGCGCAGCAGCUGGAGGCUCUGGAGAAGACCUUCCAGAAGACGCACUACCCCGACGUGGUGAUGAGGGAGAGGCUGGCCAUGUGCACCAACCUGCCUGAGGCGCGUGUCCAGGUGUGGUUCAAAAACCGCAGGGCCAAGUUUCGUAAGAAGCAGCGCAGCCUGCAGAAGGAGCAGCUGCAGAAGCAGAAGGAGGCAUGUGGAGAGGGUGGAGACAAAGAGGAGGUGCCUGAGUCCCAGCCCCCUCCCUCCUCCUCGGGGUCCCCACUGGAGGACAGUCCCACUGACCACACCCCUCUGGACCCAGAGCUCAACGUCACCUCAGAGGAGCAGUCGGGCAGUGAGUCUGCUGCAGAGGACAACGGCACAGACAGAGACGAGGAGCGACAGCACCCAGAGGACAUCAAGACAGACAGCGCCACCAGCCCCGCCCACCUGUCCUCACUAGUGUCCCCACGACUGUCCACACAACUGUCCACAGACAUGUCCCCUGGACUGUCCACAGGCUGCAAAGCUCUCAGCCCCAAACCAGAUUCUUCUCCUGUGUCUCCAUCAGUGACCCCCUCGUCCUCCAGCAGUCUGCCCAGCAGCGGGCCUCUGUCCCAGGGUCACUCGUACUCGUCCUCCCCCCUCAGUCUGUUCCGCCUGCAGGAGCAGUUCAGGCAGCACAUGGCGGCGACCAACAACCUGGUGCCGUACCCGGCCUUUGAGCUGGCCCCCUCCUCGCUGCCCUACCUGGGCAUGAACAUGCCCCCUGCUCCCCUGGGCUCUCUGCCCUGCCAGUCCUACUACCAGUCCCUGUCCCAGCACGCCCAGCAGGUGUGGAGCAGCCCCCUGCUCCAGGCCAGCAGUCACAGCAAGAACAGCAGCAUUGAGAGCCUGAGGCUGAGGGCCAAACAGCACGCUGCCUCCCUGGGCCUGGACACUCUGUCUAACUAG